GGCGCGGCCGGCGCGGUCCCAGUCAGUCGGGAGGCCGCGGGGAGAAAGAGACGUCGGAACCUCCGCCUGGGUCGGAGCUGCAGCCCCCGCGCGCGGCCCGCGGACGCGCCCCUCCCUGCCGCCGCCCCCACCCGGCGCCCUGCACUCGCGCCCCGGGUGCCGCUCGGGGCUGGGCGAGCCGCGGAGCCGAGGCAGCAGCACCCAGGAGCGCAGGUCUACACCUCUGCUUCCCUGACCAGGAGUCACCAAGAUGCCUAUCCUGGAGAAAGCCCCCCAAAAGACAGCAGCAAAAGCUGCCAGUACUGAGGAGGAGGCGGGGCUGCCCAAACUCCCCGUGCCCCCGCUGCAACAAACCUUGGCCACUUACCUGAGAUGCAUGAAGCACCUCGUCCCUGAGGAGCAGUUCAGGAAGAGCCAGGUCAUUGUGCAGCGGUUCGGGGCUCCCGGUGGCCUCGGUGAGACCCUGCAGCAGAAACUCCUGGAACGGCAGGAGAAAACGGCUAACUGGGUAUCUGAGUACUGGCUGAAUGACAUGUACCUCAACAACCGCCUGGCCCUGCCUGUUAACUCCAGCCCGGCUGUCAUCUUCGCCCAACAGCACUUCCAGGACACCAAUGACCAGCUAAGGUUUGCAGCCAACCUCAUCUCUGGUGUGCUCAGCUACAAGGCCCUGCUGGACAGCCAUUCCAUCCCCACCGACUGUGCCAAGGGCCAGCUGUCAGGGCAACCCCUCUGUAUGAAGCAGUACUACGGGCUCUUCUCCUCCUACCGGCUCCCCGGUCACACCCAGGACACCUUGGUGGCCCAGAAGAGCAGCAUCAUGCCAGAGCCAGAGCACGUCAUUGUGGCCUGCUGCAAUCAGUUCUUUGUCUUGGAUGUUGUCAUUAAUUUCCGCCGUCUCAGUGAGGGGGAUCUGUUCACUCAGUUGAGAAAGAUAGUCAAAAUGGCUUCCAACGAGGAUGAACGCUUGCCUCCAAUCGGCCUGCUGACUUCCGACGGGAGGAGCGAGUGGGCUGAGGCCAGGACGGUCCUCGUGAAAGACUCCACCAACCGGGACUCACUGGACAUGAUCGAGCGCUGCAUCUGCCUGGUGUGCCUGGACAGCCCGGGAGGCGUGGAGCUCAGUCACACCAACAGGGCACUCCAGCUCCUGCAUGGAGGAGGCUGCAGCAAGAAUGGGGCAAACCGCUGGUACGACAAGUCCCUGCAGUUUGUGGUGGGCCGAGACGGUACCUGUGGAGUGGUGUGUGAACACUCCCCAUUUGAUGGCAUUGUCCUGGUGCAGUGCACUGAGCACCUGCUCAAGCAUAUGAUGAAGAGCAGCAAGAAGCUUGUUCGAGCAGAUUCAGUCAGUGAGUUGCCAGCCCCCAGGAGGUUGAGGUGGAAGUGCUCCCCGGAAAUUCAAGGCCUCUUAGCUUCCUCGGCAGAGAAACUUCAACGCAUCGUGAAAAAUCUUGACUUCAUUGUUUAUAAGUUUGACAGCUACGGGAAGACAUUCAUCAAGAAGCAGAAAUGCAGCCCCGAUGCCUUUAUUCAGGUGGCCCUGCAGUUGACCUUCUACAGGCUGCACAGAAGGCUCGUGCCCACCUAUGAGAGCGCUUCCAUCCGCAGAUUCCAGGAGGGACGGGUGGACAACAUCCGAUCUGCCACCCCUGAAGCCCUGAAUUUCGUGAAAGCCGUCACUGACCACAAGGCUUCUGUGCCGGAUGAGGAAAAGCUGCUGCUCCUGAGAGACGCUAUCCGAGCCCAGACGGAGUACACAGUCAUGGCCAUCACAGGGAUGGCCAUUGACAACCAUCUGCUGGGGCUUCGAGAGCUGGCUCGGGACAUAUGCAAGGAGCCUCCAGAGAUGUUCACGGAUGAAACGUACCUGAUGAGCAACCAGUUUAUCCUCUCUACCAGCCAGGUGCCCACCACCAUGGACAUGUUUUGCUGCUAUGGACCUGUGGUGCCCAAUGGGUACGGAGCCUGCUACAACCCGCAGGCAGAGAGCAUCCUUUUCUGCAUCUCCAGCUUUCACGGCUGCAGAGAGACCUCUUCCACCAAGUUUGCGAAAGGGGUGGAAGCUAGCCUCCUGGAAAUGAGAGACCUCUGCAAUCCGGCCCCAGAGGCCCCAGGCAAACCACCCGCCACGAAAGAAAAGGCCACAAGGCUCAGCCAGGCCCAUUAGCAUUGGCCCCUGGCACUAGGCUUCGCUUCCUCCCUACCCAGCAAUCUGCUACCCCCAGAUCCUACCAACCCCCUGCUUGCCAACCCUCGCCCUGGCUUCUGUAGCUCCCAGUCCUCAGGGCCCAGCACAGACCGACCUUCUGGAGGCAUCCCACAGAGUUUGAGAGUUAGAGGAAAGAGUCCCCCACUCUGCACGAGGCUCCUGAUUCUUCCCAGGAGCACUCUGCACAGGCACAGAGGCCAGGCUGGCACAGAGGUGGCCUGACUGAGGCGAGGGAAGUCCAUGUAGAUUUCCCUCCAAGAGCUGGAAGGUAAUAUUCUUGUUAUUUCCCCAGCAGGCCCUAAUGAGUUCAGGAGAUGCUUUUGCCCAACAAAUGAGCCUGUCACCCCAUUACUUGCAGCGCACCUAAGUGAAUCCUGAAGGAAGAGGUCAUUACCCUUUGUUUGUUUUUUUUAAAGAGUAAAUUGGAGCCUCUGCUGCAAAUUCAAAGCAGGGCCUGACCAUACUGUUCCAAAUGGUGGACACUGAGCCAUAUAGUCCUGUAAGCACCUCACUGUGUGACCCCACGCUCCCACACUCACACACAUACGUGCAUGCAUGUAUACACGCACACAUGCACAUACAGAGCCCAGUCCAGGUUCAUUGGAAAAAGAGUGACCUCAGAGCACAAAUACAUUUCUCCUUGCCUGCUCCCACAGACAGCCUUCCACAGAGCUCAGAAUGCUGGUCAGGCUGUUCCAUGAGGGAAAAAUUUUUAUUUCCUGCAAUUGAUCUGGAAUAGUCGCUGCAGGUGCUUUCCCAGGGUCGUGGGAAUGCAUAUAUGGAGGGGGAACUUGUCUGCUCCCCAAGGGUCCUGCCACUUUCAUUAUGUCUGGUUGCUUUCCCACCUCCUUCAUAGGAACCCUGCCCCAGAGGUGACCUGCAUUUCAGAGGGAAGAGGGGUGUCAUUCUUGGUUUGGUUUGGGUUUUGAGAGGCUCUUUAGAAAGCCACCGUGGCAUUAAUUUCAGACGGUGAUCUCAGGGGCCUGAGCAGGAUUUCUUUUGUGAGAUGCACGGUUCCAGGGUUUCUCACCCCGGGCCAGUGGCGGAGCCCGGAGCCGGGCUGGGGACAGGCUGAGAGCAGAGCAUGGCUGUGUCCGGCACUAACUAUCGAAGACAGGAUCUGGUGAAGGUCACAGAGCCGGUGCCCCGAGAUUCUCCCAAGAGACUAAUCAUAGAUAUGUGAGAGGCACUUUGUGGGGGGUGGAAAAGCAACCCAAAAGCCAAGGACAGCAAAUCCUAGUGGGGAGCCACCCCAUCCAGAAGAGAUGCUGAGCUGGGCGCUCAGUGGCCCUCCAGUGGCUCUGCUCUGUGCAGGGCUUUUCUGAAAAGGGGCUGCUCUCCUCCACCCUUUCUCAGUCUUCUGUGCUCUGAGUCCUACGGGUCCUCCACCCUGCCGCGGGCUGUGUGCCAGCUUCUCCACAUUGUCACCUGUAUGGACAGGCAGGGGAGAGGGGCGGGGGCAAGUGCAUUAUGAAUAUACUCAACUCCAAAAACACAAAGUCUCAAGCCAGGAAUUUCUUGAACCUGUGGUUUUAAAAUCAGGGUAUUCUUUGAUGACCCGGGAGAUCCUCACAUCGCCCCUUCAGAGCCAUUAGGUGGGAGGGCUUGUGCCUCUCUGUGCUCUUGUCCACCUACCUUCCUGUUCCCCCUAUGUCCAUCUUCCUGCUCUCCUUGAGAUGUUGCAGCUCAAGAGUCCCAGGAAUAUCUAGGGAGCUGCCGCCAACCUGCUGUAAUUUCACCCAAAGCCAUUUCUGUUCUCCCCAAAUGACCACAGGACAGGCCAGGGCUCUCUUCAGGCUCCUCCAUAGGUUGCCGGACAGGCAGCCCCAUUGAUCUUGACCUUGCUCGGAAACUCAGUUGUCUCCAUUUCCAGAUGAAAACAAGAAUGAUUUUGCACUUUCAGUGGACUGGAGAACAUGGCAAAGGGCCUUGUACCAGCAGGUGGAUCCCAGGGUCCACUGUGGGCAUGAGAAUGGCACUGCCCCAGAGCAGGCACGUUUGGGUGACUCUGUCUUAAAACUCUUGACAUGAAGCUCAGAGAGUCAGACUCAAAGCUAUUAUUGUCCAAGAAUAGGAAAAGUAAAUGGUACCAUCAGCUCUCAGCUCUGUACUGUAGGGGCUUUGAAAAAUAGACGGUGAAUGUUUGGCAGGUGGGAAUACUUCCCUUCUUGGACAGUGGGGCUGGAAGCUGGUCUUCCCCCUCCAAGAACAUGUGGAUAUACAAGAGUCUUUCUGCAAAGACAAUGCUGAACCAUGGCCAUGAGCAUCUCUGUGGGACCCUCGAAAAGGAGAUUAUUCCCAGUUUUCCCCCAGGUGAUGGAAAAUGAAACCUGGAGACAGUCAUUUGGGGAUAAUGAUGCAUCAUAACGAUAUAUGUGGACACCUUACAGUACUGCUAAGUUGCCAAAAUAUAUAAAGUUGAUAUUUGAGUUCUAUUUUUUAUAAAAUAGUUCUAGAUUUAUGGCAAUAUGUACAUGUGUAUUUAUAGCCUUUAAUUUUAAGUUAUAGUUUUAUGUGCUUUAAAGAAAUAUAUGUAUGACUAGAGAGCGGUAUAUUGAAAGCAUUCUAUGCAGAUUAUUUAAGGACUGUAAGUCUGUAUUCAAUAAAGAGUAAU